AUGGCCGUGUACUGCUAUGCGCUCAACAGCUUGGUGAUGAUGAGCGGCAGCAGCGAGGCGACGAGCGGCGGGAGCAAGACGCCGCCUCCCGCGGCGCCCGGCGGCCGCCUGCCGCUGCCCGCGCUCGCCGCGCCGCCCCGCUCGCCCCGCUCGCCCCGCCGCGGCGCCGCCUUCCUCUUCCCGCCGCCCGAGGAGGGGCCGCCGCGCCGCCUGCAGCGCGAGCUGCACCACGUGCAGGUGAACCAGAAAGUGGGGCUCUUCGAGGCGCACAUCCAGGCCCACGGCUCCGCCACGCCGCCUCCCUCGCCGCGGCCACGGCCCACCAGCCCCACGGCGCCUGCCAGCCCCACGGAUUCUGCCAGCCCUUCGGCGCCCACCAGCCCCACAGCACCCACCAGCCCCAUGGCACCCACCAGCACCACGGCGCCCGCCAGCCCCACAGCACCCGCCACCAUGGUGCUCGGCCCCGGCCCACGGCCACGAGCCUAUGGGCAGAGUGAGGCCAUCAGUGAUGGCAACGGGCAGAGCGAGGCCACCAGUGAUGGCAGCAGGGGCCCUCCUGGCGGCUCAGAGGAGAUGCAGAGCGCGAGACGGGCACCGCGCGGCAGCCCCCUGCGGUCCCCGGGACCCGGCCCACGGUGCGACGAGGCGGUGGUGGCCCCCGCGGGACCGGAGGGCCGGAGUGCGGCGGGCGGCGGGAACAUCCCCGCCGUCAUCGUUACGGACCUGGGGGGCCCGGAGGAGGAGGCGGGCGCCGUGCCCCCCAGCAGCGUGCCCGUCCGCAAGCUCUCCUCAUCCUCAGCCUCUUCCACCGGCUUCUCCUCGUCCUGGGAGGAGUCCGAGGAGGACAUCUCCAGCGACCCCGAGCGCACGCUGGACCAGGCACCCGCCUUCCUGCAGACCCUGGACCAGCAGAAGCCCCGAGUGAGCAAAUCAUGGCGGAAGAUCAAGAAUAUGGUGCACUGGUCCCCAUUUGUGAUGUCCUUCAAGAAGAAGUACCCCUGGAUCCAGCUGGCAGGACAUGCAGGUAGCUUCAAGGCCGCGGCCAACGGCAGGAUCCUGAAGAAGCACUGCGAGUCGGAGCAGCGCUGCCUGGACCGCCUCAUGAACGACGUCCUGAAGCCCUACGUCCCUGCCUACCACGGGGACGUCGUGAAGGACGGCGAGCGGUACAACCAGAUGGAGGAUUUGCUGGCUGAGUUUGACUCCCCCUGCGUUAUGGACUGCAAAAUGGGGGUCAGGACCUACUUGGAGGAGGAGCUGAUAAAGGCCAGGAAGAAGCCGAGCCUGCGGAAGGACAUGUACCAGAAGAUGAUCGAGGUGGACCCCGAGGCCCCGACCGAGGAGGAGAAUGUGCUGCGGGCGGUGACCAAGCCCCGCUACAUGCAGUGGCGGGAGACCAUUAGCUCCACGGCCACGCUGGGCUUCCGGAUCGAGGGGAUAAAGAAAGAGGACGGCACCGUGAACCGGGACUUCAAGAAGACGCGGACAAAGGAGCAAGUGACCGAGGCCUUCCGAGAGUUCACCAAGGGAAACCGCAACGUGCUGAACAGUUACCUUAACCGGUUGAAGGGUAUCCGGGCUACCCUGGAGACAUCCCCAUUCUUUAAGUGCCAUGAGGUAAUUGGGAGCUCCCUCCUCUUCAUCCAUGACAAAAAGGAGCAGGCCAAAGUCUGGAUGAUCGAUUUUGGGAAAACCACGCCACUUCCCGAGGGACAAGUUCUCCAGCACAAUGUGCCCUGGGUAGAGGGGAACAGAGAGGAUGGCUACCUCUGGGGGCUCGACAACCUCAUCCAGAUCCUCGCGGAGCUGUCCCAGAGCGAAGACUUGCAUUAAAGCCGGGCAUCCGACUCUGCCACUACCCCGAACCCUGACCCUCAACUGACUCUUCUGAACUGCACUACAAGACACUUUCCAGCCCUUGCCCUCCCCAUUUUAAAGCUAUACUCUCCCUAUUUAAGGUGUUUUUGUUGUAUUUUUUUUAGGGUUAUUCCUUUUUUUCCCUUUUUUUCCCUUUAUUUUUGUAAAUACAUAGCUAACCCGCCAGAACAAGAGCUGAACUUGAACCCUGGGCGCCACAGAGCCGCUGCGAGCGGCGCCGGCGGGCCUGGUUGUGUGAGCGCCGGUUUCUAUCACAGUUUUGUCUCUCGUGCAGCCACGUUUCGGAGGGCCACGCUGCUUCAUCUGGUGGCCCAGGCAGGGCC